AUGAAAGAGAAGUUUCAGGCAGGUGUUGCUGAAAAACAGGUUAUUGCAGUCAGGAAAGAAAGGGAGAGAUUAAAUAUGAUUGUAGAAUUGAAAGAAAAAGGUGGACCCUUCACUAAUCCGUAUGAAGUUGAAAAAUACAUGAAGUCAGACAUCACUGAAGCCAAGAAGCAGAAAAGAAUAAAAAAAGAAAAUCAGUUUGCUAAAGAAUUAUCAGCGUAUUUUUCUAAAUCUGAUCCUCUGUUUCGCGUUAAGGUUACCCUUCCGAAUAAAAUACGUCGUGACAUUGAGUUCAGUAUUUCAUUGAAAGCAUUACUUAGACAGUACUCAACAAAUCAGUCAUCUGCCACCAUGCAGCAAUUUCGGGAUGACCAUGCAUCAUUAUUUCAUUCACUUACCUGA